AUGGCCAAAGAAGUGGAUUACGAAUCCGCAUCUCUAGCGAAGACUCAUGACUUUGAGACAAGCAGAAUCUCCGACGUUUCUUCCCAUAAUGAGGAAGUGGUUAACAGCUUGAAUAGAUCGUUAACUACCAGACAAAUUAACAUGAUUGCUAUUGCAGGAACCAUUGGAAGUGGAUUGUUCCUCGGAACAGGAAAGUCGUUGGCUGCUGGAGGUCCAGCAGCACUCUUGAUUUGUUACUCACUCAUUGGAGUUGUGGUUUACAUCACCCUUUUGUCUCUCGGAGAGAUGAGUACCUUGAUGCCUGUUGCUGGAUCUUUCUGUACCUAUGCCAGAAAGUUCGGCUCUGAAUCGCUCGGUUUCACCAUUCUUGUUAAUUACUGGUUCAACGAUGCCGUGUCUGUUGCAAGUGAUUUGACUGCACUUCAGAUGAUCUUGCUGUAUUGGACAGACUUUCAUUACUGGGUAGUUUCGUUGAUUGUGUGGGUGUUUCUUCUCACUCUCAAUGUCUUCCACGUCAGAUUCUACGGAGAGACCGAAUAUUGGUUGGCAUUGCUCAAGGUGGUGACCAUCAUGAUUUUCUUCAUUGUCAGCAUUAUCGUCAAUGCUGGAAAAAACAACAUGCACGAGUACAUCGGUUUCCGGUACUGGUCACAAGGAGAUGCUCCAUUCGUCAACGGUUUCAGGGGAUUCGCCAACAUUUUUGUGACCGCAUCCUUUGCUUAUGGAGGAACUGAAUCACUCACAUUGACUGCUGGAGAAGCCAAGAAUCCUGUCAGAAAUACCCCUAAAGUGAUCAAGUCUGUGUUCUGGAGAAUCUUGAUCUUCUACGUCUUCACCGUCUUCUUCAUUGGCAUGAAUGUGCCGUACGACUACCCAAAGCUCUCCACCAAGUCUGUGAUCACUUCUCCAUUCACCAUCGUCUUCCUGAUGGUUGGAGCCAAGGCUGGAGGCUCCUUCAUGAAUGCAGUUAUCUUCACGUCGUUGAUUUCAGCAGGUAACCAUGCACUUUAUGCUGGUUCAAGAUUGCUCUAUACUUUGGGUACUGAUGGCUAUCUUCCCAAGUUUUUCACUUGGAGAAACAGACAAAAGGCUCCAUAUGUUGCUGUGAUCGUUACUUGGUUCUGUGGAGGAUUGUGCUUCGGGUCAUCGUUUAUUUCUACCGGUACUCUCUGGUCGUGGCUCCAGGCAUUGGUUGGAGUAUCUAAUCAGCUCUCAUGGUUGUGUAUUGGCAUUACGUCGCUCAGAUUCAGAAGAGGUUUGAAAGUGCAAGGCAAAGAACACUACUUAAAAUUCAAGAAUUGGACAUAUCCAUACGGAAACUACUUUGCUGUGAUUUUAAUCAUUGUGAUCAUUCUUGUUCAAGGUUGGUCUUCAGUAUACCCAUUUGAUGCGUCGAGUUUCUUCCAAAAUUAUGUCGAACUUGGAGUGUUUCCAUUCUGUUACGUGGUGUGGUGGAUUUACAAGCGUGACAAGUGGGUCCGUGCCAGUGAUAUGGACUUCGAGACCGACAGAUACUUUGAGACCGAGGAUGAGAAGUUGGAAAACGAGUAUCUUGACAAUCUUAAGGGUUGGCCCAAGGUGAGGCAGACAAUCACCGAUUAUUUUAUUUAG